AUGAAUCUGAUCCGUGCAAAGAGUAUUGAGAAAGGAUGGGACUUGGAAUUCGGAGAACUGGCAAGGAUUUGGAAAGGAGACUGCAUUAUCCGAGCUGUAUUUUUAGACAGAAUCAAGAAGGCAUAUGAUAGGAACCCUGAUCUGGCUAACCUUCUUGUCGAUCCAGAUCUUGCUUAUUUUGACACUUACCGAACGGAAAGUUUGCCAGUUUAUUUUGGUGCUCAUACAUAUGAAAGGGUUGAUAUUGAAGGAUCUUUCCAUACUGCAUGGUUCAAGAUUGCAAGACAGUUGAAUUAA